AUGGCUGAAGAAAAGAGCAAGAUACGAGAUGACGUUGAAGCAACAGAGCCCAUUGGGCAUGUACCUCCACAGAUUAGAGACAUUCUCAAGGGCGAGGAUACCACUCACGAUGCCGUUUUUGGAGAAGUCACCGAAGCUGGGCCUAACUAUCGUAACGUUGGAUGGUUGGGAACCGUUGCUUUGAUGAUGAAGACGCAGAUCGGAUUAGGUGUCCUCUCUAUCCCUUCCGUCUUCGACACUGUUGGGAUGAUUCCGGGAGUUAUUCUUCUCUGCAUCGUUGCCUCAAUUGCCGCCUGGACAAGCUACGUGGUUGGUGUUUUCAAGAUAAACCAUCGCCAAGUCUACGGCAUUGAUGAUGCAGACUGGAUUUUUGUCGCGGGAUCUGGUAUACUUGGCAUCUCUAUCAGCCUGAACGCCAUCUCAGCCCACGGAGCAUGUACCGCCGUUUAUGUCGCUGUAGCUGCCAUCAUUGGAUUCUUUCUAGCGAGCAUUCGCACACUGGGGAAGAUCAGUUGGAUAGCAUGGCUAGGUUUGGCUUGCAUUCUCACCGCUAUUCUUAUUGUGACCAUCGGUGUUGGUAUUCAAAAACGGCCAUCUUCCGUGUCACAGGUCGGCCCUUGGUCCUCUGACUUGAGGCUCAUCAACUCGCCAUCAUUCACCGACGGUGUGUCAGCUGUCUCAUCUCUGAUUUUUGCAUGCUCCGCCACCCCCGCCUAUUUCUCUAUCGCUGCAGAAAUGCGCGAUCCCCGUUUCUUCACUCGAGCCCUUAUCAUUAGUCAGAUUGGCUCGACUCUGAUAUACCUCGUUAUUGGCGUUGUGGUAUACUACUACUGCGGAUCGCAUGUGGCUUCACCCGCCCUAGGAUCGGCCGGUCCGAUUAUCAAGAAAAUUUCCUAUGGGAUUGCUUUGCCCGGCCUCCUUGCCACCACAACCAUCGUUAUCCAUCUUCCAAGCAAAUAUAUAUUUGUUCGAAUCUUAAGAGGGUCGGCACAUCUGACAUCAAACAGUAUUAUCCAUUGGUGCACAUGGCUGGCCUGUACCUUUGGAUCUACAGUGAUUGCCUAUCUCAUUGCAAGCGGUAUUCCCUUCUUCAACAACCUCGUUUCGCUCAUUGGAGCCUUCCUGGGUGUCAUCCUGGCCUACCAACCAACCGGCUGCAUGUGGUUCUACGAUAAUUGGAGAAAACGUGAUACUGGUAAUUGGAAAUGGAUACUGAUGGCAUGCUGGAAUGUCUUUGUCAUAUUGAUUGGAUCAUUCAUGACCGUCGCUGGUACAUACGGCGCGAUUGUCAACAUUGUUAACUCUCUGGCGGAGGAUGGUGGCUCAAAACCAUGGACUUGCGCCGACAAUUCCAAUUCUUGA